AUGGCGACCAACGACGCUGCAAACGACGAUGAGUGGGCGCAGGCCGAGGGUGUCCCUAGUCUUACCGACCCUUUCAUCCAACAGUAUCUCCAAGGCCGAGAUGCACUGGUACAGCAAGAGAAGAGACAACGAAGUGACUAUCUUUUCCGCCAAAACCUAUCGCCUAUGGCACAGGAAGCAUGCGCCAUCGUCUCUCAGAUCCGAUUCGAGGAGCAACAAACACUAUGGACAAAAGAGUACGAGGACAGCCUAUUAACUGACCAUGUCGACGUCUUUCCGGGAAUGAUGUUCUCACUUGCCAAGGAGCGUAUGGAGAAGAGCAAGUUAUGGCAGAUUGUCAAGAAGAUGCCCAAGGGCGCACUCCUGCACUGCCAUUUGGAAGCCAUGGUCGAUCUAGACUGGGCGCUUGAAGAGGCUUUCAAUACUGAGGGUGUAUGUGUGGUCGCUGAUGGCCCAAUCACCGACGACCAGACCAGGCGCAAAACCGGCUUCUCUUUCGUUUACUCCAAAGACGCGAAAAGCGAGGCUUCGAUUUGGGACGACAAGUACACCGCCAACGCCCCGAUUCCCGUGAACCAAGCUGCAGAUAGUUUCCCAGACGGAGGAAAGACAGCUUUCGUCGAGUGGAUCCGCUCCCGUGUCACCAUUACCGCGUCAGAGCACCUCUCCCACCAUGAAGGACCCAACGAAGUGUGGCGCAAGUUCAUGUCAUGCUUCCCUAUACUCGGCUCGCUCAUCUACUAUGAGCCCAUCUUCCGCAAAUUCAUUCGCAGAAUGUGCAAAGCCUUGGUCGACGACGGUGUAUAUUAUGUUGAUCUGCGCUCAGCGUUCUAUACGCCCUAUCGCAGCACCAAGAAGGAGAACUGGGACGAAGACUGGUUCAACAUGCUGGAGCACCUGGCUGAUGAGAUUGAAAAGUUCAAAGCCAGCGAAGAGGGCAAAGACUUCUGGGGAGCGAGGAUGAUAUGGACUACGAUUAGACAAUUUGGGAAGAAGCAGGUUAUCGAGAGCAUGAAACAAUGCAUAGAGAUGAAACUCGAAUUUCCUGAGAUAAUCGCUGGUUACGACCUGGUAGGUCAGGAAGAUCUCGGCCGCCCGCUAUCCGAUCUUGCCCCUGAGCUGUUCUGGUUCCGAAAGGCCUGCGCUCAAGAAGGCGUCGACAUACCCUUCUUCUUCCAUGCCGGUGAAACACUGGGCGACGGUGAUUCCACUGAUGAAAAUCUCUUCGACGCCAUCAUCUUGGGCACAAGACGUAUUGGACAUGGCUUCAGCCUCUACAAACACCCGCUACUCAUCGACAUGGUCAAGGAAAAGAGGAUUUUGGUUGAAAGUUGCCCGGUAUCCAAUGAAGUACUGCGACUAUGUGGAAGCAUCAUGUCCCAUCCUUUACCAGCGCUACUAGCCCGCGGCGUCCCUUGUUCGCUUUGCAACGACGAUCCUACGAUCCUCGGCCAAGGCCUAUCUGGCAUGUCGCAUGACUUUUGGCAAGCGCUUCAGGGUUGGGACAAUCUUGGCUUAGAGGGUUUGGGUUCUUUGGCAGAGAACAGUGUGCGCUGGGCGAGUCUAGACGACUAUAGUGCGAAGGAUUGGACCCAGGAUGUCAAAGAUGGCAUGUUUGGAAAGGGCGUGCGCGCACAAAGGUUGAAGGAGUGGGUAAGCAAGUGGGAGAGGUUCUGUGCGUGGAUCGUAGAAGAGUACGGCGUUGAUGAAAACGUGGAGCCCGAGGAGUAG